AUGUCCCUCGAGGAGAUCGACUGCGAGUUCAUCGCCCGCGAUCGUCGCGGGGCCGCGAAACGCGUCGUGGGUGACGUGUUGGAGUGUCAGAUCGCGCUCAAGCGCGCGUGCGUGUCCAAGAAUAGCACGAAACAACAUGCAGGGGAAGAAGCGCGUGACUCUCAGAAAUCUAUCAUCACCCGCGCUGCCGCUCUGAAACGCGCGCUCACCGGGUUCGGCGCCCUGAGCGCGCGCGCAAUCAUCGACGCCACGAUCGGCGCCGACGCACGGGGCGCGAGCGAGAUGCGAGCGGCGAUGGCCUGGCACGGCGCGCGGGAGAUUUUGGCGUGCGCGGACGAAGGCGGUCGGUGCGUCGUCCGGGACGUCGAGAGGCUUCAAUCGGACGAUACGCGAGCGACGCAGAACGAGGACGAUGGGUCGGAGACGACGACGACGUUGAGACAUCGCGCGCAUGGACGAUGCGCGUCGAUGGCGUGGCGGCCGCGCUCGGGGCGGACGCUGGCGCUCGGCGGCGCGAGCGGGGUGUCGGUGUGGACGCGCGAGAGACGAGGGACGAGAGCGACGAGCGCGGUGGCGAGCGAAACAGGGGCGUUGAGUCCGAUAGAUAGCGCGAAGAUUCGGGCGCUGGCAAACAGCGGGACGAGCGGUGAGAAGGCGGGACACCGGUGGCGGUUGACGAUAUAUAACGAGCGCGGCGCGCACGAAGCCGGACCGAACGCCCCGCCCGGGGGCGCGUGCGAGGCCGAGCGCGUGGCGUGGAGCCCAGAUGGGAGACUUCUUGUCGCGUGCUCGCGGCGAUGUCGGGUGAUUCACUGUUGGGACGCGAGCGCUGGGACGUACACGCCUAUCGGCGCGGGUGUCGCCGGGUUGUCCGAAGUCGCCUUUAGCGCGUGCGGCGGCUAUCUCCUCGCCGCGCACGUCGGCGAGGGGUUCGCCGUGUGGAAGUUAGAUGACAUGACGUGUAGGAAAUGGUGUACGAACGGUCGCGAGGUCACCGCGGUAACGUGGGGCGAGGUGAAUGAGAAGCAAGGGAGCGCUCCCGUCGCGCUCGUCGCCACGCGCGGCUCCGCGAAGCUCUCCGCCGUGCACUUAUCCUCAAGAGAUUCCGUGAGCGACGUCUCUGCUCACGUGCUCCCGAUCGAGCUUCCGGAAAUCGUCACCACGACCGGUUCUUCGGGAUCGAACGAGUGUGACAUCGCGGACAUGGAUUGGGACGCCACGAGCUCGCGACUCGUACUCGCCCUGCGCGGCGGCGCCCGAGACGGUUGCGUCGCCGUCUACGCGACACGCACGACGAAAAUCGUCAGCGGAAGCCUCAUUGGUUACUUCGCCGUGAUUGGUGACGACGCGGGUGAUCGAAUCGCCGCGAACGCGGUUAAAAUCUCCGCCCCGCGACGCGUCGGCUCUGACCGCGUGCGAAGCACGCUCGCCGUCGUCGUCGACUCCGGCGACGUCGCUCUCGUCCCACUCACCUACGCCGUCCCGCACACUAUGCGCACGGCAUUGUGA